GGCAGGGCAGCGGCCGAUCCUGCCCUCGGGCAGGCGAACCCUGUAUAAAGCGAGGGGUACUCGCGGGGGGGAACGCAGUUUGCCGCGCUCGGCACCUCGCCUCCCUCCUCUGCUUCGAUUCCUGCCUGUCCGCAGUUUAUUUCUCUUGUUCCGGGGGCAGGAAAGAGGCAGGAAAGCUCAUGGCGUCCAACUACGUGGACACCGCUGCGGAGGAAGGCAGGUUCCACGGCCACUACCACCACCACAGCACCACGCCCACCGGCGCGGCCGCGGCGUCGCCGAAGCACAUGCGGAGGAGCUGGUCGUCCGCCUCCUCCGCCCACGGCCACGGCCACGCGCCCAAGUGCGUCUGCGCCCCGGCCACACACGCUGGGUCGUUCAAGUGCCGCCUCCACCGCAGCAGCUCCCACGGCCACGGCCACCCGGCGUCCCCUCCCUCCCCGGCCGCCACCACCUCCGCCGCGCCUCCGCCGGCCGUGCCACCGUCGUCCUCCCGCACCGUCGCGGCGCAGUGACGGCACCCGUCUCUCUGAAAUGUGAAAUCUGAACCGAGAACCACCGCCGGCAGCAAGAGGAGGAGAGAAGGGAGGAAGGAAAAAGAACAUAGUCUCUGUUAUGUGACAGAAGAAAGGGAGCUUAUUUGUUCCUCCCUUCAUCUUGAUGCCAUCGGCAAAAAAUUCUCGUUUCCUUUUUCUUAUUUUCCCCUCGGCUUCUUGCUGGGAUGGAUGGAUCCAUCUCCCUCGAAUGGCCCCUCGUCAGAGGAAAAUCCCCUGCUCUUUCUGCUACGCAUCCCGCUCGCCUGCUUCAGUCCACCCUCUCCACUGAAAUGGAACAAGUCCGAUUGGUAGAGUAUGUGUGAUGGCCUUCUUGUGUGUAAUUACCAUUUCAGUUAAAUCCACGCUUUGUUGCAA